UUUUAAUUUUUUAGAUUUUUUCCUGCCUUCAAAUCCACCCCUCACCAUCUCUCUGAAAGAUUUUCGUGGCUCUCCAGCUCUUAUUUUCCCUCUCUUUCGUAUACAUUUUUUCUCUCUCUCUACCCUCAAAACCCCACACCAAACUUCAAGGUCUUAAGCAAUAAUCCACAACUUCUUGUUUUUUGCAUUUGAUGAUUCUUUAAUUGUUAGUAGAAGACUGCAGCUUGUACAAUCCGGCUUCGCCUGCAUGCUCAAAAAGCCCUUUUAGUUUAAACACCUCAAUUAGCUCUUGAAUGUGUUUGCUUUGGUGGUUUGGUUGUAACAACAGCAACAGCAAUGAAAGGGCUCUACAAAGGAUUCAAAUACACAAUCUCUCAAUUCUUCGUUGUGAAGGAGCGUGAAUUAGAGAUUGGAUAUCCAACUGAUGUUAAGCAUGUUGCACAUAUUGGCUGGGAUGGCUCCUCUGGAACAGCACCAAGUUGGAUGAGUGAAUUCAAGACAAGGCCGGAUUUCGCAGCCACAUCGAUCGGGAACUCUGGCUCGGCACUCUCUCCAUGGUCCUCUCAAGAUUUUGGGGAGUCCAUGCGGCAACAAUCAGGGUCCGAGAUGUUUAGAGACAUGGCCUCCUCGGAAAAGAAGAAAGACAAACGGAAGAAGUCUAAGUCAACUUCCUCCACAAACUCUAUUUCCGGUUCCUCCUCAAGGUCAGCAGCAAAAUCGAGUGCCAAAUUUGUCAGGGGACCAACAAAUAUUGAAGUUGCAUAAAAUCAUAGAUAGAGUGGCCAUGCUUAAUUAUAUAGCCUUUUGAAAUUCCUUCGUUUGUACUUGGAAGAACGUCCCCACGCAGAUGAAGAGACUCCACAACGAGUAGAGAAAGCUGUAGGAAAUCUCCCAUGUUUAGCCGGCUGAAUUGCAUUUAGUGAAGGGACAGGAAUCGGUAGACGAACAAGGUAUGUAACGCGAAAAAUACGAGAAACUUCUUUUGUUUCGGGUGAGGAGGGCAUUGUAAAGAGUAAGAUGGUGUUUUGUGGUGAUGCAGAUUGUGGGAAUUGGAUGUAUAUUAGGUAACAAACCUGUAUCAUUAGUUAUCCAAGCCUUUUUAUUUAUCUGGUUUUCUUAGGCCUUCGUUUGGAAUGAAUGUAAUUUUUAAUUCAUAAAAUUUGCAAUUACUAGUUUGUGUAA